AUGUUUGGGGACAUAAUCUAUUUUAUUUUAUGGGGUUUGUUUCCCCUACUUUUGCUAGUGUCUUUCAAUUUCUUGAGGCACAAGCAAUGUUGCAAAGACAAAAGAAAGCUGCCACCAGGGAAAAUGGGCUUUCCAUUGAUAGGGGAGACCAUGGAAUUCUUCAGUGCUCAAAGGAGAAACCAAUUGUUUGAAGAGUUUGUUCAACCUCGCAUUCUGAAACAUGGGAAGAUCUUCAAAACAAGGAUAAUGGGGUCUCCAACAGUGAUUGUGAAUGGAGCUGAGGCCAAUAAAUAUUUGUUGUCUAAUGAGUUCAAGUUGGUGAAAAGCUCUUGGCCUUCUUCCUCAGUUCAGCUCAUGGGAAAGGACUCUAUCAUGGAGAAAGAUGGUGAAAGACACCGAUUCCUCCGAGGUGUUAUUAGCACAAGUCUUGGCUAUGUUGGACUUGAACUGCUAGUUCCAAAACUGUGCAAUUCAGUGAAGCUUCAUUUAGCUACAAAAUGGCAUGGUCAAGAAAAGAUUAGUCUUUACCGUUCAACAAAAGUCCUAACAUUUAGCAUAGUGUUUGAGUGCUUGUUGGGGAUCAAUGUGGAGCCAGGUAUGCUAGAUACCUUUGAAAAAGUGUUGGAAGGUGUAUUUUCUCCAGCAGUUAUGUUUCCAGGUUCUAAAUUUUGGAGAGCAAAGAAGGCCAGAAUGGAGAUAGAAAAGAUGUUGAUCAAAGUGGUGAGAGAGAAGAGAAAGCAAAUGGAAGAAGGAAGCUUGCAAGAAGAACAAGAUGGAAUGCUGCUGUCCAAGUUGGUAUCUGGGAUGAUCCAAGGAGAGAUCAGCGAAAAAGAGGUCGUAGACAAUGUGGUGUUGCUGGUUUUUGCAGCUCAUGAUACUACUUCUUUUUCAGUUGCCAUGACAUUCAAGAUGUUGGCUCACCAUUCUGAUUGCUAUGGAAAACUUCUCCAAGAACAUGUUGAUAUAAUGAGCAACAAAAGAUUGGGUGAGAAUCUCACAGUGGAAGACAUAAAGAAGAUGAAGUAUACAUGGCAAGUUGCUAGAGAGAGCAUGAGAUUGUUUCCUCCUAUCUUUGGUUCUUUCAGGAAGGCUAUUACUGAUAUUGAAUAUGAAGGGUACAUUAUACCUAGAGGAUGGAAGGUGCUAUGGACAACAUAUGGGACACAUUACAAUGAAGAGUAUUUUAAGGAUCCUAUGAAUUUCAACCCAAGUAGGUUUGAGGAGGCAAUACCCCAAUAUGUUUUUGUUCCCUUUGGAGGAGGGCCAAGAGUGUGUGCAGGGUACCAAUUAGCCAAGUUAAAUAUCCUCAUCUUUGUGCAUUAUGUUGUGACUCAAUAUGAGUGGUUCUUACUCCAUCCAGAUGAGUCAAUCACAAUGGAUCCUCUGCCCUUCCCUUCCCUUGGAAUGCCCAUCAAAAUUUCUCCAAAGUAUACAUGA